GCUGGAUGUGGGGGGCCUGAACGCGCAGGCCUCGGUGGUGGCCAUGGACCCCCAGCAGGGGCUGGGCGUGCGGGCCAACAGGACGACGUGGGCGGUGGGCGGGGAGCAGCUAGACGGGGUGCUGGUGCAGCACCUCAUCUCCGACUUCAAGGAGAAGCACGGCGGCCUGGACCUAGGCACGGACUAUCUGGCGCUCGAGCGCUUGCAUGAGGCGGCGGAGGCGAGCAAGCAGGAGCUGAGUCUGAGCCCGUCCUCGACCCUGCGUCUCCCCUUCAUCACCGCCGACCACCGGGGGCCGAAGCACCUGGACGCGACCGUAUCCAGGGCCGCCCUGGAGCGACUAGCGCUGCCUGUCUUGGACCAGUUGGAAGCGCCCGUGGUGGAGGCAUUGCGGGCGUCGGGGGUGGGUCUGGAGGGCUUGCAAGGCGUGCUGCUGGCGGGGGGCACGGCCCGCUUGCCUUUCCUGGGGGAAUUCGUGCGGAGCCGGCUCACACUGGGGAAG